ACACUAGCAUAGAUGUCACAGUGGUGAUACUCAGUCGCGUGAGCUCCUUUCUGGCUUUCAAAAUUAAAUGAUUGUGUGUUAGUGGAAGUAGCCGUUAUGUGUGGAGAGUCCAUGUAGAUUUUUAUAAUGUCAGACUCUGUUUGCUGCUUAUUUUUUUUAUAAGUCUGCUGAAAAAAUGGCCACUGUUGUAGCUCAGCCACAUUUCAUCUUCGGUCUACGGACAGGUGUGAGUAACAAUUUGUGUUUCUUCGAUGAGCAAACUGUCGUUUUCCCCAGCGGAAACAGUUGUGUGUGCUACAACACCGUCCAAAGAUGUCAGAGGUUCAUUCCAGGCUCAGAAAAAAGCCAGGGCAUGCGUGCUCUGGCCAUCAGUGCCAACCUGCGUUAUCUGGCAGUGUCAGAGUGUGGUGACAAGGCCACCAUCACAGUGUUCGACCUGCAACAUGAGCAGGGCAGAAAGAGAAAAGUUCUGACUGCAGGAGACAUAUUUGUUCAAGAGUUUGUCUGCAUGGCUUUCUCCCCUGAUUCCAAGUACCUGAUAGGCCAGACGGGUGGCCCAGAGUGGAUGCUGAUCUUGUGGCUUUGGGAAAAACAGAAAGUCCUGGCAACAGUGAACACCAGUAACUCAAACAAUUCUGUUACCCAGGUCAGCUUCAACCCUUACAACAACAUGCAGCUCUGUGUGAGUGGAACAGGUGUGUUCAAGCUGUUCUGCUACUCAGAGGGAGCCCUGAAACAGAGCAGCUGUCCAAAGGUGGAGUCCAUCAACUUCCUGUGCCAUACCUGGAUGACGGAGGAGCGGGUGAUCACUGGAACAGACACAGGCAGACUGCUAGUGUUUGAAUCUGGAGAUCUGAGAAGAGAGAUUAACAGUGCUUCUAAACAGUCUGACAGUAAUUCACUGCACAGGCAAAUGGAGAUGAAGAACAUCAAAGACACUGAUGUGGCUGAAGGUCCCAACGUGCUUCGCAUCACAGCCAUUCUGUCCUACUCCAAGGGCUUUGCGUGCUCUUUGGGGUUCAGCACCAUCUGUCUUUUUGAAAAGUACGAGGAGGACAGUUAUAGAAAAAGCAGGGAGAUUCGGAUUCCAUCACACCCAUACAGCAAUGAGCUGACCCCAGUGGAAUGCCAAGAGAUUGACACCAUAUGCAUCAGUCCAGCAGAGGAGACUCUGGCCAUCAGCACAGACAGAGGACAGCUGUACAGCUGCAGCCUGUCCUCUGUGGAGAUCAACAAGGAGGAACAAAAACAUUUUGAAUUCCUAUUGCAGUCCUUCCACUCUAAGUCCAUCACUGGUUUGUCCAUCUGUAUUCGAAAGCCCCUGGUAGCCACCAGCUCUCUGGAUCACUCUGUCCGCAUCUGGAACUACGAAACAAAAAUGUUGGAGCUGUACAAGGAGUUCCAGGAGGAGGCGUACAGUGUGGCUCUGCACCCCACCGGCCUCUUCAUCCUGGUGGGCUUUUCAGACAAACUCAGGCUAAUGACCCUACUCAUCAAUGACAUCCGCACCUUCAAGGAGUUCACUGUGCGCAACUGCAGAGAGUGUGCUUUUAGCCACGGGGGCCACAUGUUUGCAGCUGUCAAUGGAAAUGUCAUUCACAUCUACUCUGUCACCUCUUUUGAGAACAUCCUCAAUCUGAAGGGCCACAAUGGAAAGGUGAGAGGCAUUAAAUGGAGUCUGGACGACAGUCGGCUGGUGUCAUGUGGGAUGGAUGGCGCAGUGUAUGAGUGGAACACUCAGACUGGUAAGCGUGAGUCUGAGAGUGUCCUCAAGUCUUGCGGCUACACGGAUGUUGCCUUCUCUUCAGACUGCAAGACCAUCCUGACUGUAGGAACAGACCUCACACUGAAGGAGAUUCAGGAUUGUCAGGUGCUGAGGGAGGUUCCUGCUGAUGAGGUAGCUCACACCGCUGUGGCAGUGUCUCACUCUGGCAGGGUUAUCUUCACUGGGACCUUCAGUGGAGCCAUCAGAGCCAUUAAAUACCCGUUACCUAUUCAGAAGGAAUGGAUCAUAUACCAGGCUCACAGUGGCCCCAUCACUAAGAUGAUGAUCACCUUUGACGAUCAGUUCCUGCUGACAGUGUCCGAGGAUGGCUGUCUGUUGAUUUGGAAGGUCAUUGAUAAGGAGGGCCGAGGACUGAAGAGCAACAGGCAGAUUAUCCAUGCUGAAGAGAUCCUGGUCACCAAGUCAGACCUGGAGGAGAAGACCCAGAACAUGCUGGAGCUAAAGAUGCGUCUGGAGGAGCUGCAGAUGGAAAACGAGUACCAACUCCGGCUGAGGGACAUGAACUACAGUGAGAAGAUGAAGGAAGUCUCUGACAAGUUUACCCAGCAAAUAGAAUCUCUGAAAACAAUGCAACAGGCCAUGAAGACAGAUAUGGUGAAGCUGGAAUGUGAGCACCAGGAGAGUUCUGCAGAGGUCACUGUGAAACACUCCAAAGAGCUGAAGGACUUAGAGUUAUCCUACAGCCAGAAGCUGAUUGUUGAGCAUGAGCGAUACCAGGAUCUUCAGCAUAAAUUUCAGAGAAUGCAGGAAGACUAUGAGAAGCAGCUGAAGACUGCAGAGGAGAAAAAAAUCCAGUCACUGGAGGAGCUGAUGCAGCUCUACGAGACCAAGCUGCAGGAGAAGACUCAGCUCCUGGUUCAGUGUCAGGAGGACGCCCAGCUGCAGAUUUGUGAGUUUAAAGAGAUCAUAAGACAAGUGGAGGAGGAUGAGAAGAGGAUGAUCCAUGAUAUCCGAAUCAAGUAUGAGAGGAAAUUGCACGCUGAGAAAGAGACCAACGCAAAUCUGAAAGGAGAAACUGGUGUCAUGAUGCAAAAGUUCUACAGUCUGCAGAGACAGGUUGAUGACAGGUGCACAGAUAUAAACAAGCUGAAGCAGGAGCGACAGAGGCUGCUGGGGUUGAUCCGCUCCCUGGAGAGCGACAUCGAGGACCUGAGGCGCCAGAUCUCUGGACACGAAAAGACUAACCAGGACAAGGACAGGACCAUCUCCAGCCUAAAGAAGAAGAACCAGGAACUGGAGAAGUUGAGGUUUGUUCUUGAUUACCAGUUAAAGGAGUUGAAGAAACAGACAGAGCCUCAACAGGAUGAUAUCAAUGAGAAGAAGGCGCAGCUCCAUCAGCUGGAGGAGGAGCUGGUGCAAAUGGACAAGAGCAACACUCAGCUUAAGCUCACUGUCUCCGAGCUUAGGCUCAGGCUGAGGACCACAGACAAGGAGAUGCAUCAGGAGAUGCAGAAAGUGAAAGAUCUGGAGACACAUCUUCAGCGGCUCAAGUCAGAUCUCCAUAACAGUGUUAGCUUCAUCCAGGAGCCGAAGAAACUGAAGGAAAGUGUGCAGACCAUCUAUGCCAUCUAUGUGCAGCAGACUGAUAGGGUGGAGAAAAGCAGUAUAAACGAACACACUGAGAGGGCUUUCUCUCGCCAGCCUGAUGACCUGCAGAGGACUGUUAAUACUCUAAGGACAAGGUUGGCUAGAUCUGCUGAGGAACAUGACAAAGCCUAUGUCAAGAUCAUGAAGGAGAACGUGACUCUGAUUACGGAAAUCAAUGAACUGCGGAAGGAGCUGCAUUUGGUGAAGACUCAGGUCAAAGAUUAUAAAGCUCAGCUGGCCACAUUCAAGAAGUCCAACAAGUCACAUCCUAUCACAGAGAAACAGGAGCCCAAACAUGAAGACGUCAACUGAGAAACUAAAAAACAGAAGUCUCUGAGAGUAACCCACCUCCUCCACCAGGAGCCAUGGUAGCCCUGCAGUGAGAAACUUAAUCACAAAUUCACCAUUAAGGCAUUAUUAAAUAUAUUU